AUGAGCUCCAGUGCUGAGCCGGCCGUGCCCUCCGAGCCUCCCCAGGGCUCCGCGGACGCCUCCGUGCCCGCGCAAGCCCAGUCCGCGCCGGCAGCCGAGCCCUCGGCCGCCGACGCCGCACCGCCGAGCCACCUGCAGGCGCCGGAGCCCCUGUCCAAGAACGCGCUGAAGCGUGCGCGCAAGCAGCAGGCGUGGGAGGCCGGACGCGAGGACCGGCGCCUGAAGCGCCGCGAGAAGCGCCUCGCGCACAAGCAAAAGGUGCGGACGGAGCGCGCCGCGCUCGUCGCCGGCGGCGCGGACCCGCGCGUCGUCUACCGGCGCGACCGCCCGCCCGCGGCGCCGCUGGUGCCGCUGGCCAUCGUGCUCGACUGCGACUUUGAGAGCUACAUGACGGACAAGGAGCGCGUGUCGCUGUCCAGCCAGGUCACGCGCGCGUACUCGGACAACCGCCACGCCUCGUACCGCGCGCACCUCUGGGUGGCCGGCUUCCGCGGCAAGCUCGCGGCGCGCUUCGACGAGGUGCUGCAGGCGCAGCAGCGCCACUGGAAGGGCGCCUCCGUCUUCGAGGGCGACUUUGCGGCCUGCGCGGCCGCCGCGCGCGCGCAGAUGGCCAGCUUCCAGACCGUGACGCCCGCGUCCGAGCAGGAGGAGCAGGAGAAGGUGGCCGGGCAACACCAGCCGGCCAACGAGCAGCUCAUGAUCGGCGCGCUGCGGCGCAGCCUCGAGAACCCCGCGCCGUGGCCGCGCGACGCCCGCGACCCGCUGCCGCUGGACGAGCCGGAGCCGCCGCUGGACCCCGCCUUCGGCGACGUGGUGUACCUGUCGUCCGACUCGCCGUACACGCUCACGCGGCUGGAGCCCGGCACGACGUACGUGGUGGGCGGGCUGGUGGACAAGAACCGCGAGAAGGGGAUCCGCACCGCGCGGCUGCCGAUCGGCGAGUACAUGGUGAUGCGCAGCAGGCAGGUGCUGGCGACGAACCAUGUCGUGGCCAUCAUGCUCCGGUGGCUGGAGCACGAGGACUGGGGCAAGGCGUUCCUGAGCGUGAUCCCGAAGCGCAAGGGCGGCAGGUUGCGCGAGGGGGCCGCGGAGGGUGAGGAAGGGGAGGCGGAGGCGGAGGAGGAGGUGGAAGAAGAGGAAGAUGACGGUGAACAGGCAGCGGAAGGGGAUGAUUCUGAACUGGGAGAUGGCGAGGCCGAGCGAGCUGGCGAGAACAACAACAGUGAACAAGUCGAGGUGACGCGCAAAAUGGCGGGCACUGCAUAG